AUGGUAUUUCGUGGCUUUGGUCUUGAGCAAGUUUCUCCUCCUACAAAUAAGAGCUUCAACGAAAUGACACCUGAUGAACAGGGUGAGCAUGGUGCUAAAAUGAUGAUGGAAUUCAUGACCUCGUGUCCUGGAAAAUCAGUAAUUAGUGGUGUUACAGGUUUCGCAUUAGGUGGUCUAUUUGGUCUUUUUAUGGCCUCUAUGUCCUAUGAUACUCCUCUUCACACGCCGUCUCCCCAGGGUGUGGGAGGCGCACCACUAGGUGGUGCCGUGAAACAGAUAGCAGACCUGCCUUUUAAGCAACAAGUAAAGAUCCAAUUCGCUGACAUGGGAAAGCGGUCAUAUUCUAGUGCAAAAAAUUUUGGGUACAUUGGUAUGAUCUACUCCGGUGUUGAAUGUGCUGUUGAAUCGAUAAGAGCUAAGAAUGACAUUUACAAUGGGGUUGCAGCAGGCUGCUUAACAGGAGGUGGUCUGGCAUAUAAGAGCGGACCUUCUGCUGCUCUUGUCGGUUGUGCCGGCUUUGCUGCAUUCUCAACUGCUAUCGACUUGUACAUGAGACAUGAAAAUGGCACUCCUCCAAAGAACGAUUUUGAUGAAUAA